AUGGCUUUCCUGGAGGAUGGGAACCACACUGGAGUGACAGAGUUCAUUUUAUUUGGUUUAACAGACAACCCCAUCCUUAGAGUCAUCCUCUUCAUCAUUAUCCUGUGCAUCUACCUGGUGACUGUGUCUGGGAACCUCAGCACCAUCCUUCUGAUAGUUUCUUCCCAGCUCCAUCACCCCAUGUACUUUUUUCUCAGCCACUUGGCUUUUGCUGACAUGGGCUAUUCAUCUUCUGUCACACCCAAUAUGCUAGUAACCUUCCUGAUGGAGAGAAGUACAAUCUCUUACCUUGGAUGUGGCAUCCAGCUCGGUUCAGCUGCUUUCUUUGGGGGACUCGAAUGUUUCAUUCUGGCUGCCAUGGCUUAUGAUCGUUUCAUGGCAAUCUGCAACCCACUGCUUUAUUCAACCAAAAUGUCCACAAAAGUCUGUGUCCAGUUGCUCCUAGUGGCUUAUGUAGGUGGUUUUCUUGACAGUUGCUCUUUUACUGUAAGUUUUUAUUCAUUAGUGUUCUGUGGACCCAAUGAAGUCAAUCAUUUUUUCUGUGAUUUGGCUCCAUUAUUAAAAUUAUCAUGUUCCAAUGUCAGUGUCACCGCAGCGGUUCUCUCAUUCACAGUUGGAUUCGUCCUUGUGGAGACAGUGCUUGUCAUAGCUGUCUCCUAUACCUACAUCCUCAUCACCAUCCUGAAGAUGCGCUCCACUGAGGGCCGCUACAAGGCCUUCUCCACCUGCACCUCCCACCUUACUGCAGUCACUCUCUUCUAUGGGACCAUCACAUUUAUCUAUGUGAUGCCCAAGUCCAGCUACUCCACUGACCAGAACAAGGUGGUGUCUGUGUUCUACAUGGUGGUGAUCCCCAUGUUGAACCCCCUCAUCUACAGCCUCAGGAAUAAUGAGAUUAAGGGUGCUCUGAAGAGACAACUUGGUAGAAAAAUAUUUUCUUAG